AUGUAUCACGGAUAUAAAAAUGAAAACGGAGGGGUUCACGUCUCCCUUGUCCUUCCACAGCACUUCCUGUUUGAUCAAAGAGUGUUGCGUGUUCGUUGCUACGCGUCAGUCCGUGCUUUCCCGUUCGUUCUCGAAAUCUCAUCUCAAGGUUACUACUUCGCGCUUCUCCUCAGGCCUGAAACGGAUAUGCAAUCAUACACAAUCACAUUCAUCCUGGCAACCUUAUUGAUGAUCAUGACGUUGGCAUCCGCUUCACCUCUUCCUAGUGUUGCGGACCUUUCCGACGUAUCCAAGCGGCAAUUCGACAUAUUCCAGUGGCUCCAGGAUCUAGAUCGUUUGCGAAGAAUUCACAUUGGUGUUCAAGGGACAUCUGCUGUCACCGGACUGGUCGAUGAGCAAGUCGUCUCGGCAUCUAGACGGUCCACAACCGAGCCUGUGGCGCUGGCUCCCGUUGCCACAUUCACCCUUUCUUCAGCGUAGUAAUGAACGACAAUUCAUUUCGUACAGUUGGUUAUGUUGUUGCUUGUUGCAUGCAUUGAUUAGGCUUGUCGAUCCUCGACGGUCUCACGGCUUUCCACUUUCCAUUUCUUAUCGUGGGCAUUGUAUGGGCUGUGGCGCGGCUGUAUAUCGGACCUGCCACCCAUCGGAAUGUCGAUGUAAUAUCGACAGUCCUGGAAUAGGAAUAUCAUGCAAGAUGAGAUAUUGUGAUGCACGAAGGUUGCGUCUCUGUGUACCCUGCCUCAGGAAGACUAGCAUAUCAUCAGAGUUUGUU